UGCUAUUAGCGUCUGUUAUUCUCAGGAUUUUUACUCUUUCGUUCUUGUUUAAAACGAAACUAUGCUGAAAAGUUAUUAACAUUGCUUAUAUUAUUUUAUAUGAUGAUAAUUCAAUAACGCUGUUCUACCACCCUUGUUUUAUGAAAAUUGUAACUAUUUCAACAUUAACAAGACAAUGUAUUAUAUUUGCAUAGUUUCUAUCCUUAGAUCGUGUAUACCGAUUAUACAUCCAAUCUGUAACUGAAGAAAUGGGGUGAUUGGUAAUGUCAAACAACUUGAAAUGAUAAUUGGAACUAGCGAUAUCAUUCAUAUCCAUGAUAAAGAUAUUGAGAGGUUGUUGGUUUCAUUGGAUCAAAUAUGUCAGAAAGUUGAUGGAAGACAAGCUGAUGUCAUCUUUCUUAGAGAGCUUCUUCAAAAUCGAUCUCUUCAGGCACUUGUUUUAGUUCAUAAUCGGGUUUCUACUUACAAUGGUCGUCAAAUACUUCCAGCAGUUUUACAAAGCUGCAGUUUGUCAGAGGAGAUUAUAUCAUCAUUACAAAGUAGUUCAUUAAAUGAAGCCAGAGAAUUAAUAUCUAUUCUUCGUAAACCUUUUGUAAAAUCUCUCCUAUUAACUCAUGAUCUGAUAGCAAAAAAGGAUUUUGAACCAGCUUUGCCUGAAAUUGUACAUGAUGCAGAAGAUGAUGAAGAAACAGUAAAAAUUGUCCAACUUGUAAAAAGCAAUGAGCCACUGGGUGCCACAAUUAAAUAUGAUGAGCGAACUGGAACCAUAAUUAUUGCCCGAGUACUUCAUGGCGGGGCAGCAGACCGCAGUGGUUUGAUUCAUGCUGGUGAUGAAGUGCACGAAGUCAAUGGAAUAAAUAUCAAAGGCAAAUCUCCGCAUGAUGUUGUGAAUAUAUUACAAUGCAGAGAAGGUCCAAUUACAUUCAAGCUUGUUCCAAGAGAAGAAUGUGUGCCGUCUCGAGAAAGUCGUUUAAGAGUGAAAGCGCAUUUUUGUUAUGAGCCUAGACUUGACAAUCUUAUUCCUUGUAAAGAAGCUGGGCUUCCAUUUUUUAAAGGUGAUAUUCUUCAUAUCGUUAAUCAGGAAGAUUUACAUUGGUGGCAAGCGAGAAAGCAUGGAGAGAAGAAUUCCAGAGCUGGUCUUAUACCCAGCCGUCAGUUGCAAGAAAGGAGAUUUGCAGAAAUGCGUGAUUUGUCAUCUUUGCUUGAGGAUGAUUUCAUUGCUGGUUGCAAAAUACCAGUUCUGAAGGAUCACCGACCCAGAAAAAUAAAAAAGAUACUUUAUGAUGCUACUGAAAAUGAUGAUUUUGAUAGAGAAGAAAUUGCUACUUAUGAAGAAGUUGCAAAAUUGUAUCCUCGACCUGGAUUGUACCGUCCUAUAAUUUUAAUAGGCCCUCCUGGUGUGGGAAGAAAUGAGCUGAAAAGACGAUUGAUAGCUUCAGAUCCAGACCAUUUUAGACAAACCAUCCCUCAUACCAGUCGUCCAAAGUUUCCUUGGGAAGUUGAUGGUAAAGAGUAUUUCUUUUGCUCCCGAGAAAUUAUGCAGGAGGAAAUAAAAAUGGGAUGGUUUGUUGAAUAUGGACAAUAUAAAGGAAAUUUAUAUGGAACAAGUUUAGAAACUGUCAAAUCAAUAAUAAAUGCUGGCUAUGUUUGUGUUAUGACACCUCAUCCUCAAGCUCUAAAAGCAUUAAGAACGCCCGAAAUCAAGCCAUAUCUCAUUUUUAUAAAACCACCACCAUUGGAUAUUUUGAAAGAAACAAGAAUUCGAUCAAAUGCAAGGUCAACGUUUGACGAAUUUUGUUCUCGAGGAUUUACUGAUAGUGAAUUUCAUGAUAUAGUGUACAAUGGACAUAAGUUAGAAUUUCUAUAUGGACACAUGUUCGAUGCUGUGAUUGUAAAUGAUGACCUUCUCCGGGCAUUCCAAGAAUUACUCCAAGUAGUUAGAUUUGUAGAAACAGUGCCUCAAUGGGUUCCUGCCAGUUGGGUUGCAUCCAGCUAAAAUUAGGUAUAAAUCAUAGUACAAAACAAUUGUGAAUUAUAUCUUAAUUUUGAGAUUAUGUCCAAUGUCCUUCGUUGCAUCAUUUUAAAAAUGGUGCAGUUUUAUGUGAUCAGAAUUUUAUAACUUUUAUAUAUAAAUCUAUAUAUAUAUUAUAUACAU